GACGCUUGUGGCUGUUGCAGCUUUCCCCAUUGAGGCCACGUUGACAAUUUAGAAUAUCAUUCUUCUCUCCGUAUUACUUCAUUGACAGGCUGAAAGUUUCUUGCAACUUCCAACGCAUUGAGCUGUUUUCGUCCUUUCGGAUCUGAUUAAUGGGAUUAGAUUGUGUGAGGACAGCUGGACGCUGAUCAGAUGGAUGACAUGUCUCCGCAACAUCCACACGAAGGACUGAGCCAGGGUGCGGAACAAAGCGACAACAGACGGCGGGUGAAGUUCCAAAGCCUUCGGCGUCAGUCCGCACCCUCUCUUGUCAUCAGAAAAGCUCUCUCCAGGUCCAAGACACUUUCCAGAGAGAGCCUCCCAGUUCCUGUGUUCCCGGAAACAUGCUCGUUGGUCCAGUCCUUCCUGAAAGUGCCCGACAGGUUCUUCCUUCUACAUGGGCACACUCAGUUGAAAACAGGCAUGCAGACUCAGGACAGGCACCUCUUCCUCUUCACAGACAUCCUGGUGAUCGCCAAAGCCAAAUCAGCCAACCAGUUCAAGCAGAAGGCCCUGGCGCGUGUUUGUGAAAUGUGGACAGCAAGUUGCAUGGAGGAGGUGUGUGAGGGAAGCACCUGCCUCGAGAGGAGCUUUGUCAUUGGAUGGCCCACCUGUAACACUGUCGUGACAUUCAGCUCACCGGAACAAAAAGAGAAAUGGCUGUCUCACGUGAAAAAUCGCAUUAAAGAGGAAAAAGAGAAAGAAGAACCAAAAACCAUUCCUCUCCGAGUAUAUGGGAAGGGGCUUAAUACUUAUGCUGUUACCCAAACUUUGCCCGUCAGUAACUCUGACUCGACCAAUGAGGUGAUCCGACUGGCUCUGCAGCAGUUUAGCAUAAUUGGUAAUGCAAAGGACUACCAGCUCUGGAUCCUUUCCAAGAGGGACAAUACGCCUUAUCCGCUCAUUGGUCACGAGUUCCCCUUCAGUAUCUACAUGAGUCACCUGCGACAAACGUUGACCCACAGCGCUAUGGCACCAGACUGGGCCGUGCAGGCGGAGCAGCUGCAGGCGCACAAGCGGUGCCAGUUCAUCCUGAAAGCCCGGCCCGAAGAAACGCUUCAACCGCAAGUGGUGACGGAGUUCCCCCAGAAGCCAUUAAAAAGAAGGCGCUCCCUCAUCACUUGGGCCUUUCUGCGAGGUUCCUCCCCUAAGAUGACGUCAUCCACGGGGAGCGCUUCUCAGGGCUGCUGCCUGUUCGGCCGGCCCCUCAGUGCCGUGUGUGUCGAAGACGCUCUACCAAAGCCCGUGAUGGACAUGCUGGAGCUGCUGUAUCACGAAGGCCCGAGGACGCGGGGCAUCUUUCGGCGCCCGGCGGGGGCUCGGGCCGUCAGGGAACUGCGGGACUCACUGGAUGCUGGCGAGUUCCUUCCACCGCUCACACGGGACCACAUCUUCAUUAUUGCCGGCGUCUUCAAAGACUUCCUGCGCAACAUCCCCGGCAGCCUAUUGUGUUGUGAGCUACAUGAAGAAUGGAUGGAUGUGCUGCUUGAUGAAGAGGGGGAGGAGGAGCGGGUGCAAGAGAUACAAAGGAUGAUGCGUCGUCUGCCCAAAGACAACACCUUAUUACUACGCUACGUGCUGGCCGUGCUGCACGCUAUUCGAGGCAACGCUCGCGAGAACCAGAUGACCGGCUUCAACCUGGCGAUAUGCAUCGCACCCAGCAUGCUUUGGCCUCCCGGUGCAUUGUGCAGCCCAGAGGCAGAGAACGAAGGAACUAGGAAGGUUUGUGACUUGGUGAGAUUCAUGAUAGAACACUGCCAGCAAAUUGUGGGAGAGGAGCACACCUCUCUCUUCGGAGACUCACCACUCAACACACAGGAGACACGACUCGACGACAAGUGGAUGACAGACUCUUCCUAUGACAGUCUAGAGAACGAAUUGGAUACCAGCAGCGCAGGGUCGCCGAGCUUUUGCGGCAGACGUCUCCGAUCCAAACCAGGAAGUCUGGACUCGGUCCUCACCUUCAGCGACUAUGAGCAGGACCAUGAGCCAAACGUGCGGCAUACUAACUACCAGGCGCUGAAGGGUGGCGGGCUGAUCCAAGAUGUGGACCUCUCCUCCUGUACCCUGGACACCAUUUCCCUGCACAGCAUACACAGACAGCGUCGACGCUCUGAGCCUGCAUUAGUGCACAUAGCAAAGAUUCAGUCUGGGAGCACGGACGGUCUCACCGGCGAUGAUGAAGAGGAUGAUGACAAAGGCGAGCAUGCCUCAAAGUCAGGGCCUCAGCAGAAGUACAGAAUGUCGCUGGCGACCAUGGAAACCAGCUCCUCCAACUUGUCCUCGAACCCCAACUCCCUUGCACCGACGCAGACUCAAGCAUCUACUCCUUCCACAUCCAUCGUCGCAAGGCCGCUUGCCUUAGCCAGACUUGAAUGGCAGGAGACAAGUCACAAAGCGUGUCCAGCCAAAGAGCAUAUUAAAUGGGGUACUUUGAAAAGCUGCAGGAGUCCCCACCCCAACUCUUGGCUGAGGAAAGACCACAGAUUGUCCUUAACUCAACAAGAGUGCAUGGAAAAGGACUCUGCCUCCAACGUACAUACAAACGCACCUACCAGUGAUGAGUAUUAGGUCAAAUCUCGAAACUCACUAGUAGCUUGACCAUUGAGUUUACAUGCAGCUGGCUUAGGAAAGGAAAUAUCAGGAUAGGAAUAGCCGUUAUGUACUUUGUAGUUAACUGACUAAAAGUAGUGUACUUAUUGUCCAUGACCAAAAUGAAUUAUUUCAAGAGUGAAAGUGUGAAUACGCCAUCUAGUGGACAUGUCACCAUAAACGUAUUGUCACAGUCAUGUCGGCAUCUCCUCGGCUGUCAGCACUCCGACUGUUUGAGCGCUUGGAGAAAUGUCAUACGGGUUGGGGGAAAAAAAAAACUCCAAUGAUUUAUAAAAAAACAAAACAAAAACCAAACCAAAAAAAAAAAAACUUAAAAUGGGGGAAA